CUCCCUCUACCAGUUGAGAAUGUCCUUCAAGCUCAGCAUUUCUAUUGCCUCCAACGAGACUAUCGAAGCUGCAGCAGCAAGAAACAGACAUGAGCGUGAAGUGCAUGGCUAUAGCCUUGGGGGUGAUACUCUGCACUGCAGCUGUUCAAGGGUUCCCCAUGUUCAAAGGAGGACGUUGUCUUUGCAUAAAUCCUGGAGUAAAGGCAGUGAGAGUGGCGAAUAUUGGGAAAGUCUCCAUAAUCUACCCAAGUAACAACUGUGACAAAACAGAAGUGAUAAUUACCCUCAAAGCACCAAAAGUACAGCGAUGCUUGAAUCCUAACUCGAAGCAAGCAAGACUUAUAAUUAAGGAAUUCGGAAGAAAGAAAUUUUUAAACCAUCAAAAUGUAUAAAGUCCUGGGAGAGAUGAUUUGAAAACCUAGAACAAGUUUCACUAUGACUACUAAAGUGAAAAUCCUGCCAUAGGAAACCGGCUUUCUCCUGCCUCCCGCAAUAAAUAUUCAAGCACUUCUGGGUCAGAGAGAUUUCAAGGACAUCUGGUGCUUAUCACCAUUCUACCGUGACUAUGAAAACAUUCCUGCCACUCGAAGUCGAGUGUCUUGAUCUAAAGUCCGUAGGCCUAGCGGUGGUUACAAGGGAAACAUUAACAUGAGUGGAGUCAAGCCUUGUAUGAGUCAAAAGCUUCUACAUUACAUGAAACACUUAAAAUAAUUUUUCACCUAAAUACGUGUUUCUUUCUCCAAUAACAUGCAAUACAAGCAUGUCUGGGAAGGACGUUUUUAUGCAUCAUUUUGUUUUAUAGAUGAUUGUAUUUCAUAAAAUGUACUGUGAUAAAAAUGAUAAGCUAAGGGAAACUGGUAAGAGUGCAAGUACUUCAUAAGUGAGUCAGUAGCACUGGGAGUAAUUUGACUUUUUUCAACUUUUUUCAUUUGUGAUGUUUCAAAACAAUUAAAAUACGUCUCUUUACUGUACUUUUUGGUAGGAUCUAUUCUUGUAAAUUAUAAUGAUAUCAUAGACAUGUUUUAAAUAUAAGUGUCUUUGUCUACCAAAGAAAAAUGCUGUAAAAUAAAAUAUAU